UUAGGUUUCAAGCGUAGCAGCGACUGUGAAUGACUAGAGAAUGACGCGCAUACUCAGAAGAUCAGCAUUGGGCAGAAUUUGCUUGUUUGGUAAGCAUUUACAGCCCACGAAAGUGUUUGGUCAGAAGAUAUCUCGUCAGACUUUGUGUACAAAUUCAACCAUGGAUCUCAGUAACAUGAGGAAAAAAUACAAGGGAGACGAAGAAUGCUUUGAGGAAAGUCAACUUGCCUACCUGGACCCCAUUAAACAGUUUGGGGACUGGUUCGACAAUGCCACAAAGUGCCCUGAGAUUGGGGAGGCAAAUGCAAUGUGCAUCGCUACUGCAACAAAAGAUGGCCUGCCAUCGGCCCGCAUGGUGCUGCUGAAAGGCUACAGUGACGAGGGCUUCCGUUUCUUCUCCAACUACGAGAGUCGGAAGGGCGGAGAAUUGGAAAGCAACCCGCAUGCCUGCCUGGUCUUCUACUGGGCGCCACUCAACAGACAGAUUCGUAUCGAGGGCACCGUAGAGCGCAUCCCGUUCGAGAGCUCUUGUGACUACUUCCACUCCCGACCGAAGAGCAGCCAGAUCGGAGCGGUCGUUAGCAGGCAGAGCACCCCGGUCCCCAACAGAGACUUCCUCAGACAGAAAAAUGCUGAACUCGAAGAAAGGUUUAAAGACACAGAGGUGCCAAUGCCAGAUUAUUGGGGCGGCUACAUGGUGAACCCCAGCAUGAUUGAGUUCUGGCAGGGUCAGACCAACCGGCUCCACGACCGCAUCGUCUUCACAAAGCCCCUCAACGGAGAGGCCUCCACGGAUGGCUUUCAGCACCAGGCCGAGGGCGGCUGGGUGUACCAGCGGCUGUCCCCCUGAGGGGAGACUCUCUGCACGGGCAGGCGACCGCGGAGAGAGCCCGUGGGACCUCUGAGUAGAACCGUGCUGUUGGUUUAAAACAGAUCCUCAGUGGACUUGAGUCAAAACACAGAUUCAUUCGUGGUAGCCUGUUAGCAUCAUCGAGUGUUAUCGGUAACUUGAGGUCAGCAUUCUGUAAGAAGAUAGGUAUUUGUUCUAAACUGUGAGGCAAAAGUUCCCACUAAUUGUAAAAUCAACCUAACUUAUUUGAAGAACUGUCUUGAUAUGAUUGUGCCCCUUUGAAUGACUCAGAAGAGCAAAGUCUGAUAAUAAGUCACAUAGUAACCGUAAGUAAUGCCACUAUCUCUGUGAAGGAUUUCUUCCUUUGGUAUCAAAAUUAGCUGUUCCGAACUGUACAAAGUGUCUUAAAUGUUGCUGUAUGAGGAGCUCUCGUUCCUGAUUCAAAUUCGUCAUGGCUUGGAUGUCUUAAUGUUUAAAUCUGCUGGGAUUCAUUCGCCUUCUAACAGAUGGUUUGAAACCGCUGUUAAUGUCAAUUUUGCCAACUUUGCUUUUAUGUAUUCUACAAAUGAAGUGUUUUUUGAGAAUAAGAUGAGAUCGAUAUGACUAAACUGUUUACUUUUUGAAUAAAAAAUGAUUUACCAGAA